UAAAGUAUAGCCUAUAAUUUCCUCUUAAUAAGCUUCAAUGAAUCAACUAGAUGUCAAUAUAAACCUAAAAGUAAAUGAAGAAAGCUUAAAAAGACGCUUUGAUGAAGAAAAGCUUCCUUUCGAGGGUUUUUAAUAUGACCCUUUGACUAUAUAUGACCAAGAAACAAUCAACAAUUACAUUUAAAUCGGAAAAAAAGACUAUUUAUCAGUCCUGAAGAAGAGUUGUGAGUUUUUAGAAAGUGGUUUAUUCCGCCGAACGUUAAAAAGUUGCGAACUUGAAUAAUAAGAAAAAAAGUAAAAUAAAUAAUAACCAGCUAAAUCAUCAUUAUACAAUAAAAAUCAUUUAAAAGAAGAAAUUUCGUAAAUGUUCAAAGACCCUGAAUUCCCACACGAAAUUUCAAGUCUACUUGGAAACGAUUUUUCCACCAGAGAAUCAUGGAAAGCCAUCAGAUGGUACCAUCCUAAAGAAAUAGCAAAUUUUUAAGACUAUUAAUUAUUUAAAGAGUAAAUAAGUCCUAUAAAUAUUAGAUAAGGUUAUAUUAAUAAUAUUUAUUUUAUAGCAGCUAUAGUUUCUUUGGCUGAAUUUCCUAAAAGAAUUAAAAAAUUAUUCACUUCUUAAGCAAAUCCUUAUGGUAUUCAUUCAGUUAUGAUAUGCUUUAGAGGUGAAUGGAAGGAAAUUAUCGUCGAUGAGUUUAUUCCAUGUAUUUCACCAUAAAGAGGACCAGCAUUUACUAGAGGAAUAGAUGGAGAAUUAUGGCCAAUUUUAUUGGAAAAAGCAUGGGCUAAAUUAAAUGAUUCAUAUAGUUAAAUUGAAACUGGAAUUACUAAUGAUGUUUUACAUGAUUUAACUGGGGCACCUACAAAAACUUUUUGGUUAGAUUAAGAACAUGAAAGAGAUUUUAUUUGGGAGAAAUUAAUUGAAGCAGAAAAAUAUAAAUUUGUUAUGACUUGUGGAUCUUCUAAUAAUUUGAAAAUUGAAAAUUUAUUAAAGGAAAAUGGAAUUAUUCCAGGACAUUGUUAUUCUUUAUUGGGAGCAUAUAAUUUAUAAACAUAGUAAGGAAAUUUUAAAAUUCUAAGAAUCAGAAAAAGUACAAAUAGUUCAUUUGAAUGGAAUGGAAGAUGGUCGAAAAAUAGUUAGGAAUACAAAAACUUAAAUUUUGAUUAAAAAUAAUCUUUAGAUUUAGAAGGAACAAGAAAUUCAAUUUAAAGUUUAGAAGGUAUUUUCCUUAUUUAAUUUGAAGAUUUUUGCAAAUAUUUUAGUGAUUUAUAAAUUUGUUAUGUUCAUGACGAUUUUUAAUAUAGUUCUAUUAGUGCUUCUACUAGCAAAAAAGACGGAAAAUUUUUUAAAUUUACAGUUACUCAAUAAGGUAAAUACUAUAUAUUAGUAAAUCAAAAAUCAAAGAGAUUUUACUCUUAAGAAUUUUAAAAUAACUUUUAAUAUGCCAAAUUAACAUUAAUUUUAGCUAAAAGAGAAUUUGAUGAAAAUGGUGUUUAAAAAAUAACUUACAUAGAAGGCUAAUAAGAUAAUGAAAUGUAUGUAUGGACAGCAGAUUUUGAAAAUUAAGUUUUAUAAUAAGGUGAAUAUUUAGUAUAUGUAAAGGCUAACUGGAUUUAUAAUAAUAUCUCCGAUUUCGUUUUGAGCGCAUAUGGUGUUGAAUAAGUUAAAUUCAUAGAAAUCACUUAGUAUGAAUGUCCAGAUAUGAUUAAAGAAGUCUAUAGAGAUCAUUCUUUAUAGGUAGGGAAAAAAGGAAGAAAAUAUAUCAAAGGAAAUGAAUAAAAUGAAAAGAAUGCUGCUUGGAUAUGUAUUAAUUAAACAGAUGAGGGAUUCUUUUAUUUAGUUGCAGAAAAUCAUACUAAUGAAGCAAUGUAUUGUGAAUUUAGGUUUAAUAGGAUGGAUGGACUUAAACUAAAAAAGCCUUUUAGAGGAUAAUUUGCAUCUUUUGUAUUAAUACCAGAUAAAUUGAAUUAUGAAGUUGUAAUUUUUAAAGUUUUGGAUUAUACAAAUGUAGAUGGAUUAAGUAUUACUUAGUCUAUUAAAUUUAGAGAAAUUUAAAAAGAAAAAUGA